AUGGCUGCAUCAGUUCAAGACACAGGGCAGCCGACGGCUCCUACCCCGCAGAAGAAAAAACCAGCCAAGCUGCGCCAGCGAAAGAAUGCACAAGAUGAAGCUCAUGAUGAUAAACCAAAUGGCACUCCACCAGAAACCAACAAUAAACCUGUCGAGACUGAACGACAUCAAGGCAGUGAACCAGUCAGCUCGCCCGAACCCGAACCCGAACUCGAGCCAGAACAACCUAAACGACGCGACCGCCGCACGCGUCGACCCCAGCGUGAUCCCGACGAACAAUCCGAAACUGUGUCUGAAAAUGCGGAACAAUUUGACCCCUUUACCCAUCGUGAACGCCGACGUCGGCCCCGCCGGCGUGACGAGCACCGCAUAGUGCCGUUCGGAGCUGAGAGCGUAGGGAGAGAAGUCGGGCGGAGACAGGAUGCCAGCGGUCCUCUGGAUAACAUCAGCAAUGUUCAGGGCGCAAUUAUGGGACAAGAUCAACCAAAUCCAGCGCAGCCCGAGAAGGAGCAGAAAAAGUCAAAGGAUAAUACGCUUUCGUUACGGCUAGACCUGAACUUGGAGAUCGAGGUACAAUUGAAGGCCCGGAUUCAUGGUGAUUUGACGCUGUCUUUACUGUAG